GCGGCUUCCUCCGCAACUUCCACGCUGAUGUAACCCCGAUGACAUCACUGUGACGUCAUCAGACCUGAUGCGCGUCCUCCAGAUACCACAGAACAAGUCUUACGACUGCUUUUCUUCGUGGUUUCGUCUCUCGAGCUGCUUCGGGUCGUCAGAGAGCCGGACUGGAAACCUGCUGUUGAUGAGUUUGAAGAGAGGGAACCAUGCUCCGCUGCAGGAGGUGUCGCAAAGGCGUCAUAGACUCGACAUGUUUGGCCACGGAUGAGGCAACAGACGAAAGCUCGCGUGCUGCGUGCAGCAUCUGGCACGUGAACGUCGACGCGCUGCCAGAGUGGAUCCUGACCUCGGUUCACCAGGCCCAGUGGACUGUGGGAAAACUGAACUGCCAGAAUUGCGGCGCUCGUUUAGGUGGCUUCAACUUCAUCAGUCAUACUAAGUGUCCCUGUGGCCAGGCCGCCACCGUCCACCUCAACAAAAGCCGCGUGGAUCAUGACCACAAGCACCACGUCCUCAUCGUCCAGCCGAGGAGGACGAGGCAGGAGGAGGGACCUGCUGCUCCGCCGACAGACCGCGCCGGGAACAGCGAGGAGACGUUUAACAGAACAGAACCAGACGCUUUACAGCUCAACUGUGCCGCCGUCAUGUCCCACGUCCGCCCUGCAGAGGCGUCGAGGUCACGGAGUGAAAACCAGUCGUUUUCGUUCAGUCCUCUGUACUGCAUCGCUCACAGGAGACGGUGCAGUUUGGAGGACGGCGCCACCCUCAGGUCGUCUUGUUUUUGCCCCGCGAGCCUCGUGGACAGGUCUGCAGCUGGUUUGAUGUGUGCAGGGACAGACGAUCAGUCCACAUGGUCUCCUGUCUCGUAUUCCACUCGUCCGGAGCUUGACGGUGAAACCUCAGGCGACGCUGUUGCCCUCCGUUCAUUUGGAGGGAGACGGUUGCUCCUGGAUCAACCGCUGCUGCAAACUGUGGACGCCGUGGAGUCGUCCGUGGCGUCCACGACCGAAGACGCUUCUCAUUCAACCCUUUUCCUCAGAGGAAGAACCGUCUCUGACAGCGUAGCUGAGCGGGACCAGGAAACGGAGCCUCGAGCCUCUUCAAACUCCCCAGCAUCGAACAGCCGGAGCAGAAGAGAGAGGAACCGUCUGAAGGGUCUGCGCCGGAAACAGAGGAGGAGAGAACGAUGGCUGCACCGUCGGCAGGAGCAGGCCGAUAGUCUGAGCGGGUCCCUGCUGGACAGCGAGGAGGAGGACAGAGACGGUCUCACCUGCGCCGUGUGUCUGGACGUCUACUUCAGCCCGCACAGCUGUCAGCCCUGCGGUCACGUCUUCUGUGAGCCGUGUCUUCGCACGCUGGCCAAGAACCGACCCACGAACACGCCCUGCCCUCUCUGCCGCACCCUCAUCUCGCACACCGACCUCCACAAAGAACUCAACCACACUGUGAAGACCUUCUUCCCUAAAGUUUACUACGGCCGCCAGCUGACCUUCCAGAAGGCUCAGUACACAAAAUGGCCGCUGCCCAGCUGUCGCACAUGCUUCCGUUCCUUCUGGGGGUAUCAGAGACACGCAGCGACAGCGAGGAGACGCUGGCACUUCGCCCACGGAGCCUUCACGCUGGACGCUUUGAACUUCACCGACAUGCGCGGCUGGAUCUUCGACAACGGCCUCGUCAUCGACUACAUCCACUCCGUCAACUGGAUCCUGGCUUUCCUGCUCCUCUGCUUCCUCGUGUACUAUUUCUUCUUCUGAGGAACCGAGGAGCAGUUGAGAGUUUGCCACACAGGUUUAUCUGUCUUCUUUUCCUCUUGAGAGAUUUUCUGACUUUGAGAAAGUCACAUCGAGUGUGUGUUGAAGGAACAAAACUCAGUGUAAAAGAAAAUGUAAACGUUGGGUUAAUAGUUCAUUGUCUUACUAAAACCAAACGACACAGGCAAUCAGGUGAAUCGUUUGAAUAUGCACAUAUGAAUUAUUUUAAUUUAAACAUGGGUCCGAUUUAUUAUUUUAAUCUCCAGGAGAUUAAAAUAAUCUUUGAGUUCUGUUUGCUGGACUGUUCAAUAGAAAUAUGAAAAACACUGAGCCACAUCAAUGAAUCAAUGCAAAUGAUUUAUGAAUAAUAA